UAGUGGGCGGGGCCUGCUCCGCUCCGCUCCCGCAGUCAUGGCGGCGGCACCUGCUGCUGCGCCUGCCUUUGCUGCGGGGCGGGAGAGGGCAGAGGGGGGAGGGGGCGCCCCUUCCCCUGUGGGGCCGACACCCCCCCGCGGCCAAAGAGCAGAUUAUACUUUGGAUGAAGUCACCAGAAAAGAACUUUGUACAGAUACUUACUGUAAAGUUUGUGGGGCUGUGCUGAAGUUUGAAUCCCAAAGAGUAGCACAUUAUGAGGGCAAAAAGCAUGCACAGAAAGUCAGACUUUAUUUGCAAAUAAAUGCUGAACAAAAGGAGCCCAGCAAGCAAGAGACGCACCAGAUGGAGUCAAAUGCUGACAACAAUUCCUGCUGCAGGCUUUGCAGCAUAGUGUUCUCAUCUCCAGUGGUUGCCCAGUCACACUACCUGGGAAAGAUGCACUCCAAAAAGUUGAAACUGUUAUCAGAUCAGAGCACUCAGCCAGAACCUGGUCCCUCUGUGAUUCCAACUUCACAAGAACCAUCUCUUGAAAAGACUUCACAGGAUUGUGACACUGAAGAUCCGUCUUCAUCAUGUGCAACUACUUUGGAUAUGGAUGAUCCAGAAAAGUUUUGCAAACUCUGCUCAGCCUCCUUUAAUAAUCCCCUAAUGUCCCGGCAGCACUAUGUGGGCAAAAAGCACACACGGAAUGAAGCACGUAAGAAGCUGCUAGCGGAGAUGGGAACCACGGCUGUCCCUGUGGAAGCUAAGCCUAAUGCAGUUGGAGUGGGUAACUACAUAUGUCCCAUCUGCAACAUCAGCCUUACAUCCAUAGAGAUGUAUCAGUCUCACAUGCAAGGAAAUAAGCAUCAGAUUAAAGAGAACAUGAUUGCCAAUCUGAUGACCAACACAAAGAAAACAUAUGAUUCUUUUCAAGACGAACUGGCAGAUUAUAUUAAAGUACAAAAAGCUAGAGGCCUAGAACCAAAAACUAAUUUUAGAAAGCCAAGAGAAGAGUUUGGAAAUGAAGGAUAUGAAGCCAUGAAUGGUCAUAAAAAGACCACUGCUUUUCAGCGAGAUCAGUUUUGCCGUGAUGUUUAUGAACCCGACCAACAUUCCAUUUUUUUCUCAGACCCUUAUUUUGAAGGCCGAUUGGUACGUCAAUCUCCACCUGGCAGGGAACCAUUAAAACUAGAAAAUGCACUCGUGCCUCAAGACAGCUCAGAAAAAUAUUCAGAAAAACAAAUGCCUCACUUGGCCAUCUGCAAGGAUUACUAUUACAAUUUGCCACCAGCUGAAUCUGGUGAUAGCUACAAGUAUGUGUCUCCAGAUAAUAGCACUAGCUCUUACGAGAGAAGUCAGAAACUGCCAAAAAUGUCUAAAGAGGAGAAAGAACAAAUGGGGGAGGGAGAGGGGAAUCCUCAACCACAGAAGAGAAAAUACAAUGAAGAAGAGACAGACUUGGGGAGUGAUGUUGAGAAGAAAAAGAAAAAGAAAGACGGAAUAGAUUCAGCAAGUGAGGGAAAAUCGAAGCUUAAUAAAGAGAAAGGCCAUAAAGAAGGUUCUGAAAAGGAGAGCAAGAAACAUAAGAAGGAAAAAAAGAAGGCAGAAGCCAAUGGACCAACAGAGGAAGACAUGCUGUGGAAUGAAUCUAUCCUGGGAUUCUAACAGAGGGCCUUCCAAUUAUUUUUGUGUUUGUUUGUGAUCUAAAACAUUGUGCACUUUUAUGUUUCAUCACUGUUUGUAUUUAUAAUUGGCCCUUUGGCAAUAAUGAGGUAUCGAGUAUGAAGAUUCUUAACAAAAUCCUUGGGAAGGAUUUGAAUGGAAAUUUUGUAACAUACCUAAUGUGUAAUUAACUGCUUCUCGUAGGAUGACUUUUUGCACAAGAUAGUAUUAAAAUAUUUUUCCAAUAGCAAGUGAAAUUGUUAAUUGCAGUAUAUCCAGGUGAUACCUGUAUUGUCAAAAGCUUUACAUAUUAAAAAUAAGGGAGAG